ACCCCACGUGGUGGUGCUCGUACUUCUCGCGGUGCAAUGAGCAACCAUAAUCAGUUCCGUAGUCCAUUCGAGAGUCCGUACAGUGGACGUUUUGCGGCGGGGCGAAGCAACUGGUCCCCUCGUGUUUUCCCCGGGACACCGUAUCCACAACAGCGUUUGCCGCACUGGAAACGUUCACCAUCAACUCCAUCAUCAUCAUCGCCAGCAUCAAAUUUCACGCCGGAACAGAGCACGAGUGGCUGGCGUGGUACUUCACGUCCGUCAUAUUCGCCAUAUACCUAUAAAAGUGCACGGUAUUUGCCUCAUGGAUCGUCCAGUCCACGCUUUCAUACAACUCCUGGCAGCAGCAGCAGCAGCAGUAGCAGACGCAGCAGUUAUGGUGCUACUCCGAGGUCAGCACAAUCAAAAAAAUUCGAUGUGAACGAUUAUGUGAUACCGGCUAUGACCUCGAAUCCCUGGGAAAAGCUUGAAGAGGAAUAUUACGCUAAUAAAUCAUCGAAGUAA